UGACCUGAAGGCAGAUUUUAAUGCAGAAUACCUGGAUUGCCUCCGCGUGACACAUGCAUUUAUUGUCUGGCGAAGUUCAUUUCGCUUAGACAACUUGUCAACACAUGACCUCUACCUUGAUAUCGCGGAUUUACCUCAGCCCAAUUUGAAACAGACACCUCCCACCCGGGCUGCCUCGCCCCACCAAGUCGCUACGGCAGAAUCCGGAGGCCUCUCUGUAUCUUCUGCCGGUCGAAAUGAUAAAGGCGAGUCAGAUCAAGCUUCGGAGAUUCUAACCUCCAAAGAUUCUCAUGACCUUAAUUGGGGCGAGAGGCAGAUUGUGCCGCCCAACAAAAACGAAAAUGUUGGCCUUCCUACUCCGGCGCCGUGGCAACAUCCUGGUCGACCCUAUCUUGAGAAUGAUGUCCUGGACACGAUGAUGGACGGACUCAAACAGUAUGAUUUAAUCCGAUCACAACACUAG